AUGCGUAAAGGCUUCCAUACAAAAAUAAAGGCAAUAUCCCACAACAUACAACGACCGAGUUUUAAAUGAACCGAUGAACCAGGACUGUACUGAACGUGAAAAAGCCAUACAUGUAUGACUAAUUAAGGACCUCAUCUUUCCCUGCGAGCAAGCUAGCCAGCGUAUUGUUAUACAAAAAUGAUACCUAUUUUCAACAUGGAUCAAGUGCUCUUGAAAUAAUUAUACAAAAAAAUCGUCGCGGUCCAGCUCGUAUGUAGUGAAUACGACGAAGCCAGCAAAGGAUUUAUUUGUGCCUCUUUCAAACAGAGAAAUGGCAUCGUUUCUUCCUCUUCCUCGGAGUCGCGAGGGGUUUCUUCUUCCCCCGUUUCCAAGUUUUAAUGUUGACCCUGAGAAAAGGCUAAAGGAAAUACAGGAUCUAGAUACAAGAGAAACGGAUAUCCUUGUGAACGCCUACCCUAAAUCAGGAAGUCACUGGCUCCAUGAAAUCCUCUGUAAAUUACUAUACGAUGAGCAGACCACAGCACCUUUACCUAGGAUGGAAGCGUGUUUUUUGGAUCUGUUGUCGGACAUCACUGCCCUCACUAAACUCCCCUCCCCACGCAUCCUCUACACACAUCUACCUGUGCAAUACCUGCCUCGAAAACACUUGAGCAGAGGUGGGAAGACAUUCCACAUGAUUCGUGACCCCCGGGACGUGGUAGUGUCGUCCUAUUACCAUUAUCUGAGCGUACCGAGAUUUAAGAGAUACUUCACCAGAGAGUGGGACCAGCAUUUGUCCAAUUUUAUGUCUGGGGAUUUUAUUUACGGAGAUUGGUUUCAGUAUGAACGACAGUAUGAACAGUUUGCCAAAACCAAUAAUGUGAUGACGCUAUUUUACGAAGAUAUGAAAACGGAUGAAGAAAGGGCCACUAGAAAAAUAGCUGAUUAUUUAGAAUUACCCUUAACCCAAGAAAAUGCAGCUAGAAUAGCUAGAGACUGUGGUAUAUCAAAUGUCAAGGAACGCAUGAAAACUCACCAAACGUCUUUUAUGUUCAGAAAAGGCCAUGUUGGGGAUUGGAAGAAUCACUUCUCUGCAGAUCAAGAAAAACAAUUCAACCUACUGUUUCAGGAGAAAAUGAAAGGAUCUAGUUUAGCUGCUCGUUAUUCGAUGUUAAAUUCAUCACUGUAGACAAAACGAAAAUUCCGCUGGACAUCCAUGACAUUUUGUGCAUUUUACUUAAAGUUACAUGUAUAAUAAUUUUAUGCAUAUUUAGCCGAAUUACUGAAACAAAAUGUUUUAUCUGUAAAUCAUUUUAAUGAAUUAUAAAAAAUAUUGUAGUCUA